UAUAUAGCAGAUACAGGAAUAUCAUAUAUAGAACAAGAAGACAGAGAGUCGGAAGAUUAUGGGAGCUGUGACCACCUGGAACGCCAUGGAAGUGGCAGAGGAAGCUCGAGAAAACCCGAAACUUAGCUCGGACAUUCAGUCUUCUUCUCUCACCGUCGACCACACUCUCUCUCUCCCUGACAUGAAGCCUCGCCUCAUAGAUUUGUGCAAGGAUCUGUUCAAUAAAUGGUCGAAAUUGGACGGUUCUCACUUUUCAGUGGAGACUGUAUCCGGUGGCAUCACAAAUCUAUUGCUUAAAGUUACCGUCAAGGAAGAAACUGGGAACGAGGAGCCGGUGACAGUCAGAUUGUAUGGACCUAACACUGAGUACGUUAUCAAUCGCGAACGGGAAUUGCAGGCUAUCAAAUACCUCUCAGCUGCUGGAUUUGGUGCCAAGUUGCUUGGAGUUUUUGGAAAUGGAAUGGUGCAAUCUUUUAUCAAUGCACGCACACUUACUUCAGCAGACAUGAGAAAGCCAAAGCUAGCUGCUGAGAUUGCCAAGCAACUACGCCAGUUUCAUGAAGUGGAAAUUCCAGGCCCUAAAGAACCUCAGCUAUGGAAUGACAUCUCCAGGUUCUUUGACAAAGCAUCUGCUCUUGAAUUUGAUGAUAAAGAGAAGCAGCGGAUGUAUGAGACGAUUUCAUUCAAGGAAGUACAUGAUCAAAUUGUUGGUCUCAAGGAAUUGACAGGCCAUCUCAAUGCUCCCGUGGUUUUUGCUCACAAUGACUUACUUUCAGGAAAUAUAAUGGUUAAUGAUGAUGAAGAGAAACUAUACUUCAUCGAUUUUGAGUAUGGAUCAUACAACUAUAGAGGCUUUGACAUUGGAAAUCACUUCAAUGAAUAUGCAGGCUAUGACUGUGACUACAGCACAUACCCUCAUAAGGAUGAACAAUAUAAUUUCUUCAGGAAUUAUUUACAACCUGACACCCCACAUGAGGUAUCUGACAAAGAUCUUGAAGCUCUGUAUGUCGAGUCAAAUACGUAUAUGUUAGCUUCGCACUUGUAUUGGGCGUUGUGGGCACUAAUCCAGGCAAAGAUGUCCCCUAUUGAUUUUGAUUAUCUCGGUUACUUCUUCCUCCGAUACAAUGAAUACAAAAGGCAGAAGGAAAACUAUUUCUUGCUGGCACGAUCUUACCUCUUGGGAUCUGUGUCUGGGUAGUUAUUGUCAUUUUCGCUGUACUUACUACCAGUCUGCAUUUUAGAAAUUUGCUAUACGGAGUUCUAGGAAGAGGUCCUUGAUUCCUCUAGAUAGAUAUUCUUGUAAAAUUUUCUUUGUAGCCAUUAAUGAGAGGAAAAUAUUGCAGUUUAGGGCAAAAUAAGAUAUCCUGUUGUAAUUCUGAAACCUGUUGUUUUCAAAUUAUAUACAAUUUUUAUUCCCUC